AUGAUGGCAUCGGAGUUGAAUGUCACAGCCGCCAAUUUGUUUUACCCUCUAGAGGGUUUGCGGAUGGCAGGUUUGUUGGUGGGUGUUCUGACACUUCCAUCCAAAGCUACGGCUUCAGAUUCGCAUGGAAACCUCUUCUAUUUCUCACGUUUUUUUGAUCCAGAGUCCGUUGAACACAAUGAAGUCCAAAUUCUGUUGAGGACGUCUGCCGGGGCUUUGGCAAACAAGAUACUAUCCACAUUGAACUCCACUGAGGCCAAGGUAGCUUUCGAAGGUGGUUUGCGGGCUGUGUUGGCGCAUGUGCUUGAAGAGUCUGGGUUGAAGCCUGACAUCACAAGGCGAGCAGCAGGCCGCAUCUACCAGCGUUUGCGUUCUGACAUGGUAUCCAGUGGCAAGGUAGAGUGUGUGCGUGCAUGGGACCCUGGCAGUAGAACGUUCAAGGAUGCCCUUUGCAUUCCAGGCCAUACAGGACAGCCAGAGCCAAUUCUUGCAAUUGCCGACGUUCCAGCCACUGAGGCUGGAAACGUGGCGCAGGUACCCGCGGCCCCAGAUGAGCAUUUUGCCACAAAAGAGCAUCCACUUCCCGAGUCAGUUGCGCAAGCGUUUCCAACUGCAGCAUGUUUGCGAUCAUCUGAGAGGUCCGUGGCCCAGCAAGCCCAGGAUCUGAUCCGUUGUUGCAGCAGAUUUGGCCGCGGGAUUACUGGCCCGGAUGUAUGCAGCAUGCUUGGGACACGCCGUAAACAAGCGGAGCGCAUUCUAAAUACGUUGGUGAAGAGGAAAAGGGUAAUUCGAGUGUUCGAAAGCGAUGGGAAGGCUCAUGCAAAUCGUUACUUUGACUCCCCGGAAGCCUGCGCCGACAUGUGCAACAUUUCGCAAGCAAGCAAGAAACAUGCUCUCAGAUUAAGCGAUGGGCGCGGCAACAAAGCCCUCAAGACCCGAUCUUCUGGCCGCAUUGAUGUCACUUUUGUUCGAAGAAUACAGCGUACGAGCGAGCUGUUGGAGCGGAUUGGAGUGCUUACGACCUUUGAUUUGAGGAAAGCCGGAAUGCAGGAUGAUGUGCUGGGAUGCAUGGAUAGCAAGACACCGGCUAAGAUUUUGAAAGCGGUUGCCUCAACUGAGAAGCGUGUGGGCAUUGCCGUGACUGAAACUGACCACAUUGAGUUCGCAUUCUGGAAGCCAACUCAUACAGAGAGUUCUGCGCGGCAGGUGGCGCAGCAGAAUGCGGAGAUGCGCAAGGAGACUCGCUUCCAGAAGAUCCGGCGGGUCAAUGAGAAACCGAAACCACCUUCGCCAUUAGCCUUGCUAAAUCAGCCGUGGCCAUGUCGAUACCAGGGACCUUCAGCUCCACCGUGGAAACCUAUGAGUCGAAGGGUGCUCUCUGAAGAUAUCGUGGCGGAGCGUGUGACCCAGCCAGGAAAAUUGGAAGCCGUAGGCGGAGUGCCACGGACCUUGGACCAGAAGGUAUUGCAGCACUACGGUUUCAACAGCUCCCUGGUCUCCCGAAUCCAAUUGUUGCAUGGGAUGCUUCUUCGCAAGCAAGGCUUCAAUACCGACGCGCAGUGGACACCGAGAAUCGUCGAUGAGAUGGAUCUGGAUGUUUUUCUUCAGGUUAUUGGUUGUGGCAUUUACAACCCAGAGCUGGACGACCUGCUGCUUACUGGUGUUGAGGGGGGGUUGGCCACUGGAUCGAAUCUUCUUGUCAGCGAGGCCAGGGCCAACUUCAUGGUGUCGCCAAGCAUAAAGAAGCAGCUGCUCGGGCCCACCACGUGCGCCGGGGCAUCUAGGACAACGCAGAGCAUCCGCAGAGUCAUGGUCUAUCUGGUCAAGAUGAACUUGGUAAGCAUGGCAGACGGGCAAAAUUCCAGUGUGACGGGGGAUGCCAUUCACUUAGUCUACAAAGUGAAUCGCUAUGCUCACUUAGACAGCUUCACAACCGACCUGGAUUCAGACCCGCCUGUGCGACUUGCUAGCUUUGAUCUUGCAAAGCCCGGUGCUGUGGAUGCAUAUUGGUCAAGGCUUCGCGACCUGGUGAAGGCAUGGUGUGACAAAUCGGGCGAGCAACCAGGAGGUGCCAAAGAUUAUGAGGGAAGUGGGUCAAGCAGGGAGGACGACAAACGACCAAGGCGAAUUGUGCCCACCCCAAAGAACGCUUCCCUCCCUGAGCUUUUCCGGCGCAAGAAUUGGAAAAGCUAUCCUUGGCUCGCGCCUCAUCAAAGGGCUUCGCUUAACAAGUUCUUCAAUGACAUUUGUUUAAACCAGGCCCACAAGAACGAAAACCGACAGGAUGACUCGCCCAUCGCGCAGGAUACGCGAAUCGUGACGCCGAAGUCGCCCGAAGUAACUGCCUUGAGCCGUCGGAUCAUGGUGCCGCCAGAGCGGGUUAUCAAGUACUGCCGGCAGCUGACGGAGGUUGCCGGUCCUCACCCAUCCGGGGCCAAAGUGGAUUUCUCAUCGCUGUAUGCUGUGCGGUUCAAGUGCCAUGUCUGUGGGCAUCUCUGCUUUUUGAAGAAUUCCGUGGCGGACCAUUACCUCAAAUUUCACGGCCAGCUUCUACCUGAAGAUGAAAGCCUCUAUUGCGAGCCGGACUUUUAUGCACAGCGAUUGGAGCAAGCAAAGCCGCCUAAAGUCCCAGGGGUCAAGCGAUUGCGUAAAGCGAUUCCAAGUAAAGCCAGCAGACUCGGACUGGAACUCGGUGACUUGGAAGUGAAGGAAGAGCAAAGGGAUGAGAUGGAUGAUGCCACCUGGCUGCAGCUGCUGACCACAGCCGAGUGCCUGGUCCCUUUGCAACAGCGUGCCCAGGGAGAACCCAUCAUGAAUCCAGAGCUCCUUUCAGAGUCCGAUAUGGGCUUCCCCGAGGACUACUGCCGAAACCGUAUUCGGAGUAUCCUCCACGCAGACGCGAAGAACCAGCGACUGGUCAGCACCUUGCGCUCCGAGCAAGUCCAAGCGGACCGGGGUCGAAAUCGGGGUGAGGCAGGCCGCUCUGUUGCCAGGUGCUUGUUGCUCUCGCCGUUUGAGACCUACAUGGCCUGGUGGAAGCCUGAUUUUCUUUCUGCUGAGGUCAGAAAACUCACAGAUUGCGUGCUGAAACAGUGGCAGUGUUCUGGCCUGGUCAGUAGAUACAAGCAGCGUCACAAUGCAAGGAAGCUUCCCGGCAAUGUGCGCCCAGCAUGGACGUUGACCUACUAUUCCAAAAGCAGGAUGUUUGGGAGAAGUUGCGACUUUGUGCGGUUGCAGGAAGUAUUGAUUGGAUUUGUAUCCCCGAGUGGGAGCAACUGGCAGAAUCCCAGCACCUUUGUUCCGGAGACAUCUGAGGGCACUCAUAUCCUGGUACUUUCAGACAUGGUCGCCUCAGAAAGGGCAACCUUGCGAGCAGUUUGGGGAGACUCCGACUUUUACAGCCAAGCUCUGGGGAAAAAGCCACCCUGGCAGGUCCACCACGAGGACCAGGAGGAAGAUGAAGAGGAGGAGGAGGAGGACGCCCCCGCGGCAAAAGCCUCUGGCAUACAGUCCCACCUUCAGCUCACCAGUGACGAGCCAACCCUGCAGUCGGUCAGGGCAGACUUAGUGGUCCCACAGUGCGUCUCCCCCUUUGUGAAGUGGCUGGUCGCGCCCAAGGAAGAGCUGGCUAAGAUGAUGCCAGCUCCAGUGGAGCCCAUAGAUCCCCAGCGCUGUCUAUGUGCGGAGGCCAAGGAAACUGCAGAUGGUGAGCCAGACAGGCAGGAGGAUUCGGAAGAGGAGGAGGAGGAAGAUGAUGACGAUAUCGGUGGAGACGCUUUGCCCUCGUCGAGCCGAAGCCAGCAGCCCGAAGCUGAGAAGACGUGCAAAGCACGUUCAAAGCAGAGCUCUGCACUGGAAACAGAUACAGACCCGUCUGUCUUGAAGAAGGCGUUCAAAGAAUUUUCUGCAGCUUUCUUGGAGAUACCAGCCGACACAGACGAGGAAGAGCUGCUUGAUUCUGUGGCGUUCAUUCUGAAAACUGUUCACAGCAUUUCUGCAGCAGCUCCGGGCUCGGGCAAGAGCGCGGAUUUCUUGCUUCCCGCGGCCAGCUUUACUCAGCUCCAGGCUUCCUACGCCGCACACCGCCAAGGGGCAAGGCAGAAGCGGAAGACCCAGACAUUGACGUUGUCCCUAGCACUUGCCUGCUUGGAGGAGUUGAGGCUUUUGGCACCCUUUCCUUGUGGCCAGGACUUCUGUGAGGUGCUUUCGCAUGUGGCCGCCCCUUAUUGUUUCUCGCAGCAAGGAAACGUGGAGGAGUCCUCCGAAGCUGCCCAGUUUUUUUGCAAGUUUGACUUGGGAAGACAUUGGCUUUGGCCAUACUUGGAGCAUGCCCCUCUUGACUGCCUUCGCAAGGCUGCGGCCUGUGUGUUACAAGCAGCAGACAUCCGAUCAGAUGGGGCGCUGCUUCAAAGAUGUUUUCUUCCCUGCAACUUAGUGGCUCCCUGUGCCUGGGUGCAUGCAAGGGGCACCUUGAACGUACCGGUGCUCCGCUGUUUGGUUCUUCGGCUCCUCCAACAGCUGCUUAAGGCACCCCUUGCAUCCGUGCCUGAGUUGGCAAAGGACUGUGGAGCACAAGGCGGUGGGGUCCUGGACAUGUGCGAACUCACCUACCUACUGGAACUGGCAGUCAAAGCUGGCGUGGUUGAAAAGCGUUUGAGUGGCAGCUCCUCGAAUUGCCGCAACACUUCUGAGCAGGAGACACCCCGCUAUCGCUGCGUGCUCCUCCGGUGCAGUGGCGCCUGA